AUGGCGGAGGUAGAGCAACCAGUAGAGGCUGUGAACGAAAAUCUACCCGAGCCUUUGGCCGGGACGGUGCCCAAAGAAGGGGUUUCUUAUCCAUUGAAGGUGGUCUAUUGUGGAGAAUGCACUCUGCCCAUGGAAUAUUGCGCGUUUGGUGGACGUUCAGCCAAGUGUAAGGAGUGGUUGGACAAGAACUUGUCCGAGCUCACUUCCGAGGGCUUUGCGAUCAAUGACGAUGAUGGAGAUGCGAAGGAUGAAAAGAAGCAUCAGAAGCGGGGUGGAAAAGGGCAAAGCAAGCCCGUAAAGGUAAGUAGUUUCUUGUUUCUUUGCCUUUUUGAAGUUUAGAUAGAAAGAACAAAGAAGGUGUCAGCUUUGUUUCACACCUAAAUUCCGCCAUUUUAAUAAAUUUUUUUAUUUUACAAAUGGGAAUUCUAUCUAGUCCUCAUGUCUAAUAUUGCAGGAGGUGAAAAACCAACAGAUCACGUUACAACGAGCUCCUCGAGGCAAGAACAAGUCAGUUACGGUGGUCAAAGGACUCAACACCUUCAACAUUGAUCUGAAAGUGGCUAGUAAAUUCUUCGCCGGAAAAUUUGCAUGUGGAUCAUCAGUAACUGGAGCCGAUGAGAUUGUAAUCCAAGGAGAUGUGAAGGACGAAUUGUUAGACCUGAUUCCCGAGAAGUGGAAGGAGGUUCCGGAUGAUGCGAUUACUGAUUUGGGAGAUCAGAAGCGAUAA